AUGCACAGUGAGGCAUGCAUUGGCCAGAAGAAGUCCGUCUACGAAGGAACCAAUGCAGUGCCCAGGUCCGGAGAUCCUGGUCGUGUCCUCCACUUGGGCCUCACGGACGGGGAGCUGGCCAACCGAGUGAUCGUGGUGGGGCACCACACGCGAGCGGAUUUGCUGAGCGGAUUCUUGGAAGCUGAGGACUCGGGCUCUGUCUUCAAGCUCGCUUCAGACCGCGGCUUCUUAACCUACACGGGCCAGUUCGCCGGAGAAAGGCUCUCGGUGGUGUCCAUUGGAAUGGGUUUGGCGAUGAUGGACUUUUUUCUCCGCGAAGCGCGAGCAGUGGUGAAGGGUCCCAUGGCUGUGGUGCGCCUGGGCACCUGUGGAUGCCUUCAGGAACAUGUGAAGGUGGGCAAUGUCAGUGUGGCAGAUGGAUCUGCACUGGUUCAAAGGAACUACAGUCACUUCGACAGCCAAAGCCCAGCACAUGCCAAGCCCUACACAAUCUCAGAGCUGUGUUUGCCAGAUGCCGAACUCACCUCGACAGUCAUUGCAGCCUUGAGGGAGGCCCUUGGCGGUGAGAAGGUGAACGAAGGCACCAACCUCACGGCGGACUCCUUCUACUCGUCGCAGGGCCGUGCUGAUUCCGCCUUCAACGAUGAGAACAGCCAGCUGAUUGGAGAGGUCUUGGACAGGUACCCCAAAGCAAUCACCAUGGAGAUGGAGACCUUCCAACUUUUUCAUUUGGCUCGCAGCUGCUUGCCGAAAGGCACCAUGCGUGCGGCCGCCUGCGUGGUGAAUGUGGCCAAUCGCCCCACCGGCGAGGUGGUCGGCGAGGAAGCCCUGCGCCUCGCUGAGAGCGAGGGCGGCAAGGCAUUGAUGAAGGCCCUCGCAAAGCUCCAGCUUUGA